AUGCCAGAACAAAGAUACGCAGAAGUUAGGAGGAUCACAAAGGAAACAAAGGUCCAGGUGAUCCUUAAUUUAGACGGAGGAAAGAUCGAAGUUAAAGACUCUAUAUUUGGUGAUAAGGCAGAGCAGGACAAGCAUGCACUUCAAACGACAGGCAACCAAACCAUAUCUGUGAACUCAGGUAUCGGAUUUCUUGAUCAUAUGCUGCAUGCCUUGGCAAAGCAUGCCGGAUGGUCCAUGAUUGUCGAAUGUAUAGGUGAUACUUACAUAGAUGAUCAUCACAGUACAGAAGAUAUAGGAAUUGCCCUUGGAGAAGCUUUCAAAAAGGCCCUUGGUGCUGUUCGUGGUAUCAAGCGUUUUGGUACUGGUUUUGCUCCUUUAGAUGAGGCUCUAAGUAGAGCAGUUGUCGAUAUAUCUAAUCGUCCUUAUGCGGUCAUCGAUAUCGGUCUUAAAAGAGAGAAAAUUGGUGCUCUAAGCUGCGAGAUGAUUCCUCACUUCUUAGAGUCUUUUGCCACCAGUGCACACAUCACAUUACACGUUGAUUGUCUUCGAGGAUUCAAUGAUCACCAUAGGGCUGAAAGUGCCUUUAAAUCGCUUGCUCUUGCAAUCAGAGAGGCAAUCAGCUUUACUGGUCGUGAUGAUGUUCCUAGUACCAAGGGUGUUUUAAUGUAA